CGUUUACAAAUGCGUCAUCAUCGAUGACUACCAGAAAUUUAUCAAAACAUUAGCUAGUUAGCUGGUUACGCACUAGCGUGUCCUCCCACCUAAAAUAAUACUACAGACUACUCUGUCAAAUAAUAUACAUUGAUUAUACACAUGUUUGGAUACCUGUGCUUUUCGUUAUAGUUAGGCAGUUCGCUAGCUAGCUAACGUUAUAUUCCAAAAAUAUUCAAUUGUCUGCGUUGGAAGAGGUAGACAGACGAGCUGUGUGGGAGGAGGCCAUAACCAGGACGAGAGCGAAGUCGGAGAGGCCGCUUGACACCUGAGGGGAGGGCAUCGAAACGCCAGCCGCAGCCCGGCCUGAGACACGGGUAGCAGGAUAGGGAAGCAGAGUGGAGAGGCCGCCGCCACAGCGGGGCCGGCGGACAAGAUGGCGGGCAGCCCUGAGAAGAGUGUCUCAGCGCAGGAGUGGAAGGAGCAGGGCAACCGCCUCUUCCUCAGCCGCAAGUACCAGGAGUCGGCCGCCUGCUACAGCAAAGCCAUCAAGCGAAACCCCUCAGUGUCUGUGUACUACACCAACCGGGCACUGUGCCACGUGAAGCUGCAGCAACACGACAAGGCCCUGGCUGACUGCAAGCAGGCGCUGGAGCUGGACCCCCAGUCAGUCAAGGCCCUCUUCUUCCUGGGUCAGUGUCACCUGGAGAUGGAGAACUACGACGAAGCCAUCGGCAACCUUCAGAGAGCAUAUAACCUGGCGAAAGAGCAGCGGUUGAACUUUGGUGACGACAUUCCCAGUGCCCUCCGGAUAGCCAAGAAGAAGCGCUGGAACAGCAUCGAGGAGAAGCGCAUUAACCAGGAGAACGAGCUGCACGCCUAUCUCACCAAACUCAUCCUGGCAGAGAAGGAGAGGGAACUGGAUGACAGCAGAGAGGAACAAGACGCCAAGUCGGAGGAAUGCAGAAGCCGACACGACCUCACUAAAUUCCCCUCCAAACACGACAAGCACCUGUCAGACAUGGAGGAGCUUUUCUCUCAGCUGGAUGAGAAGAGAAAGAAGAGGGAGAUCCCAGACUACCUGUGUGGAAAGAUCAGCUUUGAGUUGAUGAGGGAGCCCUGCAUUACACCCAGUGGGAUCACUUACGACCGCAAAGACAUCGAGGAGCACCUACAGCGAGUGGGCCAUUUUGACCCGGUGACACGCAGCCCUCUGACUCAAGACCAGCUGAUCCCUAAUCUGGCCAUGAAAGAGGUCAUCGAUGCUUUCAUCAUGGAGAAUGGAUGGGUGGAGGACUACUGAAGGAGGGAGGGAGAGAGGGAGAGAGGGGGAGUUGGAAUCAUUCCAAAAGAAGAACCAGACAUAAAAAGACGACAACAAACCAAACAAGUAUGAUCUGCACUUUAAAGCUGAGGCAACACCACUGACUUACAUACCUUCACUAGGACUGAGACUACACCACAGACUUACAUACCUUCACUAGGACUGAGACUACACCACAGACUGAUACUAGGACUGAGACUACACCACAGACUUACAUACCUUCACUAGGACUGAGACUACACCACAGACGUACAUACCUUCACUAGGACUGAGACUACACCACAGACUUACAUACCUUCACUAGGACUGAGACUACACCACAGACGUACAUACCUUCACUAGGACUGAGACUACACCACAGACUUACAUACCUUCACUAGGACUGAGACUACACCACAUACCGACAUUCCUUCACUAGGACUGAGACUACACCAGACUGAAUCUAGGACUGAGACUACACCACAGACUGACAUACCUUCACUAGGACUGAGACUACACCACAUACCGACAUUCCUUCACUAGGACUGAGACUACACCAGACGGAAUCUAGGACUGAGUCUACACCACAGACUGACAUACCUUCACUAGGACUGAGACUACACCACAGACUGACAUACCUUCACUAGGACUGAGACUACACCAGACUGACAUACCUUCACUAGGACUGAGACUACACCAGACUGACAUGCCUUCACUAGGACUGAGACUACACCAGACUGACAUACCUUCACUAGGACUGAGACUACACCAGACUGACACCACUUCACUAGGACUGAGACUACACCACAGACUGAUACUAGGACUGCCAUUAAAUCUCCUGUUGAUCUAUACAUCUCUUUCUGUUUCCAUCCUUGUCCCCCCAUUUUAUUUUAUUGUGUCUCUCAGCUGCUCCUACUAGUCAGACCCAACAAUCAGGACACGCUAGCAAACAUUGCACCAAAUCAGAGCACAUCAUCCAACAACAGGACCCAAUCAGAAUAUAGUACCCAACACCUUGGGCCAAUCGCUUGAACGUUACUCUCAGAACAACCAAUCAUAUUGCAGACUCCUAAACCCAAUCACAUCUUAGACCUCGAGUCUACAAGUGCAGCGAUUGACCAAUCAGGGCUAAAUGUACUCUACUUGUGGUGAUGCUCCACAACUUGUCUUCUAUUUUAAAUCUCCUUUUCUACGGGGAAGAGGACUGUCUGAGGCACCGCCAUGUUUUCGCCACUCUCCAUUGUAGUCCUCUUGAGUGGCUUGUAGAUGGUCCAAUGUAGUCCUCUUGAGUGAUGGGCCAAUUUUAAACGCAACCUGAUCUCUUACCACCACAAUGUAGCACUUCUCUAUAUCCUCUUGGAGGGCUGAAAAGACUGUAUAAGCAUGAGUUGUAUAAUAUAGAAAGAACCCAAGCCCUCAUCUUCAGUGUUUUGCAGUAUGCAGGGAAGCACUAUGUGUAAUCAAUAUGAUGGAAGGGUCCGGGAAGAGCAUUCAAGGCUUUGCGCAAAGGGUUGUUUUUUGACCAAGGACGUCUCUAAUUUUGGCGAGCUGAGUUUCCACCAUUUUGUUGCCUCUCAUCUGGCUCAUACAGAGCUGAGCGCUAAUGAAUGGGGAAGUGCGUAGCAGUAGGGGUCAGGGUUGGGGUCAAUUCUAUUUCAAUUCCAGUCAAUUAAUUAAACCCAAUUCCACAUUUUCUUUAAAAAGAUUGGUUUAAAAUUGUGUGAGUCACAGGUGUGUUUUUGACGGCUGUGUUUAAUUGUAAUGUGUUUUCUCUGGUUUACAUGUCGCUGAAUGUUUGCAGGUGGUGUCCUGUCUGUGCCUCAAGUGGAGUUUGAAGUAGAAUAUGGAAGUCAGUCAUCUGAUUGGCUUUGAGAAGGGCUGUCUUCUCCUCAGUAUAACUUACUGCUCGGGGUCUCUUUUGUUUUAAUGAUUCCAUGCUUAGAGCCUUAGUCCAAUGGCUGCAAAGCAUGGUUGGGGUCGAUUACAUUUUUCAAUUGUCGAUUUUAGAAUGCUAAUUUAUAAAUUAAAAUAUCCUGAUUUAAAAAUAAGUAAUUUGACCCCUCAACCCUGCUGCAAACAGAUAGUUUCCUCUUCUCAUUUCAGAAAUCAUAUGACCCUGUUUGACUUACCAACUGAAAAGGAUUGAAUGUGAAAUGAACCUGUAUAUUCCUACCCUCUGCUGGAUAUGAGGAUGCACAGUUAUGUUGUGUUAGUCAGUCAUGAGUAUCAAUAUUGUGUACAUGUAGAGGUGUGUUUAUGUGGGAUAGGGGUGUGGACAUACUCCUCUCCCCCUAGACCCCGAUUCCUCCUAAGAGUGGGGUGGGAACUUGGGUACAGUCCAGUUUCUCUGGAGCCUCAUUGGGACUGUGAAUGUUCUUUAUUUCACUGUUGUGCUGUUGUCUACAAGUGUUCCAAUAAAGGCUACAACUUAGA